AUGGAUGAUAUCAAUUUUCAAUUAUUAGAAACAAUUCUUUACGAACCGCAAUUCGGUUUUUAUUUGCUAAAUCUCCAUUUAAAUCGAUUAACACAAUCCGCAUCUUACUUCUCAAAGCAAUUUAAUGACAAAUCAUCAUUUGCAAAUUGUACAACUUCAGAAUUUCAAGAAUUUAUCAAAGAACAAUUACAAGAAUCUGUUAGUCAGAUUGGAUAUGAUAAGACACAAAGGGUAAGAUUAACUGUAAACAAGCAGGGAAUUCCAACAAUAACAACUACAAUAUUACCAUCAUCUAAUUCACCAUUACAAGAACCAUUGAAAAUAACUUUGGACACGCAACAAACCCAAUCUUCAGAUAUAUUUCUUUAUCAUAAAACAACUCAUAGGAAUAUCUAUAAUGAUGCUAGAAUUCGAGUAGGAAUAGAAUCUAAUAAAGAUUUAUUUGAUGUAUUAUUAUACAAUGAAAGGAAUGAAAUAACAGAAUGUUCAAUAGCAAAUAUUGCGGUAGAAUAUUAUGAUGAUGAGAAGAAUAUUAAAUACUGGAAAACCCCCAAGAUUGAAUGUGGAUUAUUGGGAGGAGUUAUGAGAUCUCAUUUGAUAGAAAAUGGAGAAAUCAUUCCCGGAGUAAUAACACUGAGUGAAAUAAAAUUAGCACAACAGCAAGGAAGAAAGAUCAAAUGUUUCAAUUCUGUAAGAAAAGAAUAUGACGUUAUUCUAAUUUAA